GGGGAAAAGCAGUGCUAGGCUUUAUAAACCUGGGUUGUCCCAAUGACACAGCCAUGCCUUGGUGCUGGUAAGCAUUUCCGAGGGCAUCCAACAUCAGCAGCAACCAUAGCUUCCACGGACAUUGAGCUGCUGCUGAGAGAUGAAGUUUUUGUUGACUUCUUCAACACGUUUCUGAACCUUCCUGUUUUUGGCCAGACACCCAUUUUCAGCAGCAGCACGAGGCAAUGGGACCUCUGGCCAGAGCUACCGAGCCACCUGGAUCCCAGCCCCCCAGCUCUGCUGGCCUGGUUGGGAAAGCAUCGGCUGCCUCACUUCUGCAAAUCUAGCCUGUGCCUCCUCCUCGUCCUCUGUCAGAAGCUCCUGGGUUUCAUUCGCUCAGAGGAAGCAGCAAGGCUGCUGAACUGGAGGAGUGCAGACCAGUGGCUGCUGGAGAAAUGCAUCAGUGGGAGCCAGGGCAUGUGGCGCUUCCGAGCCUUCACCCAAGGAAUGGCAGGGGAAGAAUUGACCGACUUCUGGCUCAUCACUGAGAGGCUGAUGGAGCUCGAUGAGUCAGAUGCAGUGCAGAAGAACCUCUAUCUGUCCUUGGUCCAAAGGCUGAAGGCCGCCCACCUGUAUGAAGGCUCCAGCAUCCUUAACCUCUGCAGCACCACUGCCCGGUCAUCGCGGAUAAUCACACACGUUAGGUCUAUAGGCACCCGGAGGGAGAUCCUGAGCAAAAUGCAGCAACAGGCCCUCUUUAUCCUUCAGAGUUACUGGCUCCCUAAAUUCUUCAUUCAGUGCAAGAGGAGCAUGGAGAAAGAAAAAUCCUGCUGGCCUUUGCUGCAGGAAUAUCGGGAGCGGUUGGCACAGGACCACUUGCCGGAGCCCUCAGGCAUUUCAGAUGGCCUUCCCCCAAUGAGAAUUAAUAGGAACCAACAUUCACCAGAACCCUACUGCAGCAGAGAGGCCAAAGAGAAGAUCUGGGAUCUUCUCAAGGAGGGAAGAGACGCUCAAGAAAUGAUGAUGCAACCAAAAAGGCAAAUUAAGCCAGUUGGGAGCAUGAAGAGAUUGCAACAAGGUAAAAGUAGUUCAGGACGGCUGCUGACAAAUCCGGAACGUACUGCAAAUGCUGCCAUUGGAAGCCGAGGAGGAGCAAAAAGACUUAGGCCCCCAAAAAAACAAGUCAUUCGCCUGGAAGACCUCUGUGAAGAGAAGGUCCUCUCCAGCCUACGUUCCUCUACACCCCUGGCCAAGAUUCCGUCUCUUAAAAGGCCAGCCAACACCUUACGGUACCUCCCCUGGGUCCUCAGUGCUGACAGCUACGCAGGACGGCCCUUCAGGACCUUCUUGAUCUGCCAGGACCACACUGCUGAGGCUCGUCUCCUGGACCUAUGGCAUGACCUGGAUGAAUCCCUGCCUGUGGUGCUGGACCACAGCAGAGAAAACAGCUUCUCCCUGCGCCAUUUCCUCAUGGAGAGGAUCUGCGAGUCCUACCUGGUGGAAAACACCAUCCAGGAGCUUCCUAUGGAGAAGAGGAUCCUCCACAGCCUGCGGAACCACCUGGCUUCUGCAGAAUUCACCCCCUGGAUAUUCAGGACCCAAAAAGAGAUUUGCAAGGUCCUCUGCACCUACUAUGAGAAAUUUCUGGCUCAUGAUGACAAGACAUUCCUCGAGUUCAUGUCUUCACAGAGUGAUGUCCCGGUGCCCAAGGUACAAGGACGUCGUCUUGGGAAAGACAAAUAUUUCCUUCUGUCCGAACGGAUAAAUGAGUCCUUGAAGCUGAGCCAGGCCUUGCAUGAGACAAGGUACUUGGAAGACAUCUCCCCUGAGCACUGGCAAUCCUUUGGCACUCAACACCUCCAAAAAAUGGGCAUUCUCCAGGUGGAGGUGGAAGCUCCUAUGAGCAAAACCGCUGCAGACUCUGAGAAGAUGACAUCAAGAGAGUCAGCUGUUAAGAAACAGUCACUGUCUGCAAGUAGCUGCAGCAAGGAUGAGGAGCUUUCGUCUCCCAAAAGCCCACCACCUGAUGAGUCCAAACCGAGCAGACUAGAAGAAGAAGGAGAAAGCAGCAUCAGUGAAGCAUCUCCAGAAGGAGAGAAAGAUGCUGAACCUGAGAAGAAAAAGAAGAAGGCUUCUAGGAGAAGAACCGGAUCAAGUAUCAAGAAGCCCAUCAGUGUUGUAGUAGAGAAGCCAACGAGAAGACCCAGGCACUUUGUGAAGGUUCUGCACAGCCCUGCCCACCUGCAGUACUUCAGGCAGUUCCUUGAGGAGCGCGGUGCAGCUGAACCACUGCAUUUCUGGAUGGCCGUGGAGAAGCUGGCUGCAGAGACCAGCACCAAGACAAGGAACGUCCUCGUUAACAGCAUUGUCAGAAAUUAUUUCCAAGGUGAAAUCCCAGCUGAGGAACAGCUGGAUUGCAGCUCUUCUAUCAUCAAGGAAAUAAGUGAGGCUGAAACAGUCACCCCCUUCAUGCUGAUGACAGCACAGAUCUUUGUCCAGAAAGCAAUGGAAAAACGAUGGUUUCAAGAAUACCAAGACCUCUUUCCCCCCUGUGACACAUACAAGUCCGACUUUUGUUUGCGGUACAGGAGGGGGAACUUCAAGACAGACAACCUGCGGUGGGCAUGGUUUGCCAUCCAGAACAUCGUCAGGAGCAUCUGCAAGUUCCAUCGGGAGAUGAACAACAACCAGCGCCGUAUGGAGUUUGAGGACUUUCUCCGGAGGGAACUAGACAACGAGGACGAAAACCUGCCCAUCACCUCGAUGCAAAGCAACGGCACCUCAUGUUCCCAAGCAUCCUCUGUCAAGGCCCCUUGGGACAAGGACGUGGUGCUGGUGAGGCGAGAGAUGUUUAACAACCAGCUCAUCACUGUCAACUUCCUUGUUGACGACCUCCGCUUUUACCUGGAGAUCGACAAGUUUUCCAAGCUGGCUGAUUCAGCUGAAGCACUGGCAGCCCGCAACGUGUGCACCAAGUACGAAUUUGACUUUCUCAAAAAGAAAACUGCCAUCAUCAGCAAGCUCUUCCUGAACUCUGAUAUUCCCCCCAAACUGCGGGUGAACAUCACUGAGAAUGAGAGAGAUUUAAUUUGGAGUAUGUCUUCCAAGGGGCUACUGAACCGGCUCCUCUACCACAAAGCCAAGGUGACCAUCAUCCCCAUCCUGAUUCACUUCUGGAAGAGGUUCUGCAACUGGAGGGUGAUGAAGAGCUUCCGAACCUACUCAAUGGAAAGGAAACCACCAACCUUUGUGACCAGUUCUGAACCAUCUGAGAUCUACAGCCCAGGCAAUAACGCCGUCAUCCUGUUCUCACUCCUGCGAGGGAUCCAGGUCCUGCUGCCCCGGUCUCAUAAGAAGAAAGAAUUAGAGGAGGAACACGAGGAGUCAAAAAAUGCUGAAACAUCAUCCAGCGGGUCCAGCUCAGAGGAGGAUGAAGAGUCAGAAGACGAGUCAGAAGAAGAGACAUCCCAGCAAAACGAUGGAGAUGUGUAAGGAAGCUGAACAGCCAGGGCAUGCUGCAUGGCCUGUGCUUAACUUGCAACAAGGCUGAAAAAUAAAGCAACUCACAGCAUUCUC